GAGAACACACGUACAUGUACAAUUAGUGGUAACUUAAUUUUCAAAAUCAGGGAGCAAAUUGGGUGUCUGCUGUAGUUGACGUGAGCAGGCGAUGCGUUAAUGGAGGAAGUUAAAAAUAGCAGCAGCAGCAAGAAAUCAGGCUACGUAUGGGCGAUUGUGGCAGGAUUCACCGCCGCUCUGGCUGCCAUUUCCGCCAAGCUCUUUCAGCUUCAGCUUGUUAAAUAUGGCUUAGUCAUAUUCUUCAAUGUAUUAAUGUGGGGAUGCUAUGUAAAUAGUCUGAAAGCUCUGUCGUCUCUGCAAGCUACUGUCACAAAUUUCGCUAUCAACUUCUUAACCUCGGGUUUAGCCGGAUUUUUUCUUUUUGAAGAGGCUCUUUCGUUUAAGUGGUUCGCAGGUGCUUCUCUCAUUGUUGUUGGUGUGUUACUACUCAGCAAGUCGAGUAUAGAGAAAAAGUCACAUGCUGAUUAGGCGUUCUUCUCUUUAAUCAAUGUUGAUGAUAUGUUUUGUGUGGUUAAUCCGUACUUAGAUCAGAAAGAUCCAAUGGGGCGUCAUUAACAGGCGGAAGACAUAGUGAUGCAUCGGAAUCAAAUUAAUCUGAGAGGGAUCAUCUCCUAUCAAGUUGUAAGGUCUUGCUGUGGACAGGAAGAGAAAGACCAAAAUAUUGGUGCUGUAUGGAGAGUUGUACUUGACAUCCACUAUAGUUCUAAAUAUCCUACUGCACUUCCCAGUCUUUCUUGCUGGUGCUGGUCAUCCUCUUGUACUCCCUCCGUCCCCCUCAUUUGUUUAGACACGCAUUUUAAGGCUUUUAUAAAACAUAGUUCCGCAA